AUGUCAUCGCUGAUAUUUGUGCAGCUCCUUCUCCUGGGGUUAAGGGUCAUUGACACCACCACAGACAAAUGGAGACACUGCACAGAUUUUCUCCCUCUGGAUCUUCUGUCUUUUGUCCUGGAGAGGGACCCCUCCAAGCUCCUGCCAGGGGUGCACAUGAAGCAGGCUGGAGGGGAGAGGGGUGUACAUUUCUCCAGCCCUCACAUCUCAAUGAGCUUUCCCUCCUCCCAGCUGCUGGUGAACUGUGACCUCUUCCCAAAAGAAUUCUCCAUUGUUGUGACUCUAAAAGUCACUCACCCUGAACCCACGAGAAAUGAAUUCAUCUUUUCCCUGAUGGAGCCAAAAACAGUAGAGAAAGGAACAGUGGAGGAGAAGGAGGAGGAGAACCAUAAAGGAGACAUUUUGGAAAGUAAUAAAAAGAGGGGCAUCAUUGGAGAAGAACAAGGUGGAGAGGAGAAGAAAGGAAGUCAUGUCAAAAGUAACGAGGAACGUGGACGGAUCAUCCUGGGACUGAGGUUUUCGAGAAAAUGUCUGCACUUCCUUUUUAAAGGUCAUGGAGGUGUCUUAGAGCACUGGGUGUUUCGAGGCACCCGAUUGGCUGAUAACCAGUGGCACACUCUGGUUCUAACCGUUGGUAGUCAACAUGUGAGGCUUACGGUGGACUGCAACUCACCACUGGAAAUCGUUCCCUCCAGGCCUUUCCCCUCAGACCUAAACAUUCAGGGAUCCAGAUUCCACAUUGGCAGUCGGGGGAGAUGGAAAGGCUUGUUUUCAGGCCUGCUACGACAACUGGUUUUGGUGCCUGGUUCGGAUGCCGCCAAUCAGAUCUGCCCCUCUUCUGACCCCCAAGUAGCUGCUCUGUCAGUGCCACCACUUCUCUUAGACCUGCCUGUGAUGGGGAGGGAGGGCGACAGCCAUCUGACAUCCUAUGAGAUGGGGGAGCGAGUGUCAGUGGGGUUGGAGCGUUCAUGCUCAGAGCUGCUGCAGGGCCAGCUGUGGUUCAACCCGCUCAGGAAAGGCCUCUACCUCUGCGAUGGCAUGGUGUGGAUCACUGUGCUAGAGGAUCAUAAAAAGCUGGACUAUGUGUUGGAACAUCAGGUCUUAACUACAAGCUCAGAGACACAUGAUAUAGAGGUUUUCCAGGUACCUGGCAUGGGUCUGAUGGCUGCUAUGGCUCACCGCUCCAAAGCUUCUGGCUCGGCUGUUUAUCUGUGGACCCACUCAGAAUUCAGGCUCUACCAGAAUAUCACUACCCAUGAAGCGCUGGUUUGGAGACACUUCAACAUGGGAAAGAAAAUAUUUCUGGUGGUGUCUAACUCUGGAGGAGGGCCAUACAGUCGUCUUAACAAAGAGUCAGAGAUGGACUUUUCUGUGAUUUACAAGUGGAGCAAGAAAAGAAAACAGUUUGUGCGGUUCCAGUCUCUGCAGACUUACUGUGCCCGAGACUGGGAGGCCUUUAACAUCAAUCGACAAACCUAUCUCGCUGUGGCCAAUCACAGACAAGGUAAUAAUAACCACACUAUAGACAGUGUGAUAUACAAGUAUAACAGGUUAACAAAGUCAUUUGAGGUUCACCAGUUGCUGCAGACCUCAGGGGCCUAUGACUGGGAGUUCUUCACUGUUGGACCCUACCAUUUCCUGGUGGUUGCAAAUGCUUUCGAUGGAGUCACCACUUCUGUAGACUCUGUCAUCUAUGUUUGGGUCAAUGGAAGCUUCCAGGUGUUCCAGACAAUUAAGACGUUCUGCGCCACAGACUGGGAAAUGUUUCAGAUUGGCAGCAGAGUCUUCUUGGUUGUUGCCAAUGGACACAGACUCCAUGGUAACGGACCAAGUCAAUAUGCCAUCAACUCUACUAUCUACGAACUAGACAUGAAUGGACGGCUAUUUGUCCGCUUCCAGGAUAUUGUCACGUACAGUGCAGUGGACUGGGAGUUCUUCAGCCUUGGGGAGGAACAUUUUCUGGUUGUCGCCAACUCCUUUAACGGAGAAUCCUACUCUCUCAACAGCAUUCUCUAUAGAUGGCAGGGAUAUGAAGGCUUUGUUCCUGUUCAUUGGCUUCCAACCAUUGGGUGCAGUGACUGGGAGUUUUUCAGCUCAAAAGGAGAAUCAUAUCUGAUCUACUCUAGUGCCAAAGCACCUCUCUCCAAAGUGUUCAAGCUAAAAACCUAUUAGGCAAAAAGAGUGUGCACAUGUGUUUG